UGGAAGCGGCACGGAAUGCUGGCCCUGAGCAGAUUGUGCCUCACAACUUCGCCGCUUUCAACAACUACCUCGAGUGGUUCCAUGAGAACACGCGUAUCGAGUUAGUUAAGCACGCGUAUCCUGAGGAGAUCUUGGACGACCCCAUCCAGUUCGAUGAGGUUGGGCAAAGCCAGCACGACAGAUUUGCUCGCAGAGGGAGAUCGACUUCUAUUGCUUCCGAGCUGAACUUCGUGCGGAAGGAGAUCGAAAAAACAGCUGAGGAGUGCGAGGUUAUGUGGGAGCAGAGCGGGAGAGAUGACAAGCCUGUCCGACCGUUGCGGUAUUUCAUUAAGAACACUGCACGAAAGAUGCGGCGGUUAGCCAGCUUGCUAGGUUGCCGGGAAGCCGAAAUCGCUACAUCUUCCUCUUCAGAAGAGCGGGAGAUUCCUGAGGACGAGCUAAUUCUGAGUCAAGCCAUACUUCCAAAGCGUACCUCCAAGCAAGCCGCACGGUCAGCUUACCAGUUGAAGCCAAGGGGCAAGGGUCCAAACCGGUACACUCCGGAAGAUUAUGUCGACCGAGGAAAGAAGGUUGUCACUGAGGAGGAUGAGGGGCCGCGGCGGAGAUCAGAUAUGUCGAGGAUGAGGAACGACGAGCCGUUCUCUUCAGAGGAGGAGGAGGAUGAGGAGGAGGAGGAGGAGGAGCAGGAGCAGGAGCAGCAGGAGCAGCAGCAGGAGCAGCAGCAGGAGCAGCAGCAGGAGCAGCCACGGCAGCGGACGAAGAGGAUGGCCGUCCGGAAGCAGCCCGCGAGGACGGCACGUCGAGGACGCUACUAGGAUGUGCCCACGAGUUGUUGUGAACUCUAUAUUCAUAAGUAUCGAUUUGUGAACCCUAUGUCAUGUCGAACCAUGGUCUGUAAUGCUACUUGUUGUUUGAAUCUACGUGCUCCAAUGUGACCUAUGAAGUGUUAUAUGUGUAUGUCAUGAAAUUGCUACUUGUU